GGGGGAACAGCGAGAAAUGAGAGAGAGGACAACAAAGAGGAAUAAUAACUUCCUUCGUUUAUAAACAAUAAUAAUAAUUGACCAUAAAACUUAGAAUUUUGCAAUGUUAUAUUUGUAAGGCUUUUAAUUAAAGUUUCUUAAUAAAUAUGCGAAAUUUACGAAGAAAGGUAGACGGAAUCUGUAAAGUUUAACCAUAUUUUCGUACAAGAGCAGCCUUUCUCUGUGAAGACUCUUUGAUCAAUACGGAUCUUUGACUGAUAUUGUCGUUGGAAUGAACUAUUGUCGGAAGAAGUCAUGGCCGAGGAUUACCCAGAAUUGGCUGCUAACCUGCGCCUGGAGAACCAAAGGUUAGAUGGUCCUGGCCUUGAAUCUGAUGAUGAAUUUGGUGAAUUUGGUGGAUUUCAGGCAGCUGAACCAGUUCCACCUCAUGAGCCCCAAGGUAUAGCUGCUGGACCAAAUGCUGGGAAUUUGCCUUGGAUGAUGUUUCCUCCAGAUUUGCAGCAAAGACCAGUCCAUUCUCAGCCUGACCUGCUGUGUGCCCAGAACACAUUUCCCAGGCAUCUUGAUUCACCACCAUCUGUCCAUGACCGAAUGGCACCAGAUAGUGUUGUGACUGGAGCAGCCGUCGUCAGUCAGUUUGAUGCCAAUCUCUUGCCAGACAUUGGACAGAAUUUGAAUCAUGGAAUGCAACCAAAUAUGAUGAAUGGCAUGUUUAAUGCUCCUCCCUCUGUAGCCGAUCACCAGGCGAGACGUUGUGAUCUCAGCAAUAGUGUUGCUGGGGUAGACCUUGUCAGCCCGGCAGGCCCAAGCUGGAGGCGUCCGUCAUAUGGCCAUGAAGGUCUCUCCAUGGCUGAUGUACCAGACCUCAACCAGCCAGCCAGCUGGCGCCAUGGAAACGCAUCAGCAUCCCCUCGCUGUCCGAGCUUCGAUGAGGUCUUGAAUGGGCCACAGCACUAUGUUCCCGACCAACGGAUGCAGCAACCUCUGCCCCAACCUCCACACCCUCCCGCACCUCUUCCGCAACAGGAACAACAGCAGCAGCAUCACCAAUCUUUGCCACCCCACCAUCAUCCACACCACCAGCGCGCACACCCACCAUCACAACAACAACAGCAACAGCAACAGCAGCAGCAGCCACCACCAUCUGUAAUUGAAGAUCUCGGUGGUGCUACUGGUGGUUUGCCUGUUGUUCCGAAGCAGGAGAGGCGGCGUGAUCAUUCUGAUGGACAAAGAGACAGUUACUUAUUGAAACAAUUGGAUGAACUACGCAGCAGAAAUAUAGAGCUUACCUCAAGGGUGGACAGCUUGCAAGUUCAGCUUUCUGAGCAGAAAUCCAAAUAUGAGUCUUUACAAGCGAAACAUGCAUCUGAUUUAGAAGCCAUUCGACAAGCUGGGCAUGAUGCUUUGGCUGUAGUUGUUGAAGAAUAUAAGAGUCUCUGUCGCACAGCUGUGUUGCAGCAACAAGAAGUAGCCGAAUCACACUUGAAAGAGAAGUUAAAAAGUGAAGCUGAUCAAUACACUCAAAUGUUGCAGGAACAGCAUGAACAGCUGUUUGAUGUUCUCAAGAAAGAAAAAGAAGAAAAUGAACACAGAAUUAAAACUGCCCUCGAAGACCAGAAAUCUGUGCAGCGGGAUGAAUUUGAAAAGUAUUUCCACCAAGAACAAAACCGUUAUCAGGAAUCUUUACAGAAAGUCAUGUCUGAAGAACAAACUCUGCAUCAAAGAGCUCUUGAUGAAGCACUUCAUCAACAACAGCUGGAAUCCCAGAAGAAAUUUAAAGAAGAAAUGACUAUGAUGAAAUAUGAAAUGAAAAGUAUGCAAAACAAAUAUUUAGAAGAAAGGGAAAAAGCCUUACAAGAAGAAAAAGAAUCCAGAGAGAAACUGCUGAAUGACCUUGUGCAGAAUGAGAGACGGAAGUUGAGCCAGAUCAGAGCUGAAGUAGUGUCCGACUGCAAGACGGAGAUGAAAAAUUACAUGGCAGAGCAGCGGCAGCUGGACAAUCAACUGCGCCAACAGCACUACGUAGCUCUGGACCUGUUUCUGGAAAGUGCAAGACAACAGCUCAAGUUGUUGAUGGACAAUGGAAGCCGGACUGAAAAUGCAGCCCACACCGGCCCCGUUUCCCGUGCUGGCUGCACUACUUCACCUUUCUCUUCCUCGUCACUCUCACUACCACCACCAUCAUCAUCAUCGUCAUCAUCAUCAUCACAGUCAUCAAGCACAACAGGAGCAGCUGCUGCAACACCAUUAUCGACAUCGUCCACUGUUGCUACUGCCACUUUAACAACAACAAGCUCCUCUUCUUCCUCCACCUCAUCACAACAAACCAAGUCUAAUAAUGACUGUAGUUAAACGGAAAACGCUGCAGACUUAGAUUGAAGUGUUGCAGUCGUUGAGGAUUGAUGUAACACAGUAACCGAGAUGUUGCACUAAAGACCAGUCAGCCGGCUGGAGUGUUGCUCUUCCGUUUUGUGAAGGUCAUCUACAAUACCUUGUAACGUACACGCCCGACAUCAAGUCAGCAGGUGGCAAUUACUUAUUGGUGAACUGUGGCAAUACGGUUGGUAUUCUGUGACAAAUAGGAUUUUAAAUUCGUAUCGCAUCAGGGAUUUUUCAUUUUGCUGUGGUGAAAAAAAAAAAAAAAAGAAAGGAAGGUUCUACAUUCUGUUUGUUAUGUUUUUUGUUAUCCCACAAUAACAAUACCUUGGUUACUGCUGCUGUUGUUAUCGACUUACCGUUCCUAUCUAAAGAAGAAAUCUGGAAUUUGUGGCUCCUUUUUUUUUUUUUUUUUUUUGUCAAAUUCAUUUAAGUAUUUGAGUGAAUUUGGUUUCCAACUCUUACUUUCAAUGAAGAAAGGGAGAAAGAGAACGACUGCUUUCAGUAAUGGUUCAAAUGCUACAGAAUUUACGAGAUUGAAAUUUGUUUGUUUGGGUUUUUUUUUAUAACUGCUGAAAGGGAAACAGAAAAAACUUUUUAAUCUAGAAACUGUUCAGCUGAUCCUGCUUUUGUAUAAUAUUUCAGUUGUUUAAAAUUUGAACUCAGGAUGGUGAGGGAAAGCAGUGAAUCGCUCUUCUGAAGCUUCCAAUUUGUUUGCAAAUGUCGUCUCUUGUCUUUCCAGCUUUGCCCAUUCUCUCUGUCUCACCCACACAGAAAUACAUUAACAAAGUAUUAGCUAUAACUAAAGACAUUGUAGCAAGCUAGAUAAUGUUUCUCUUAAACCUCUUUCAAUGAAUAUAUAUCUUCUGUGAAAGACAGAUGCUAAAACCAAAAAUGCCUUCCCAGAUAACAACAUCCACUGUUUCAUUGAGAACAGUUUUUAACCCUUUAGCAUCCAGAUGACCCCAUCAAAUGUAAGGCUUAUUUAUCCUCAUUGUUUUGAAUUAAUCAUGCAUUAUCUUGUAAUUUCAAUAUUUCAAUAAUUUGACUGUAUUUUUAGAAUGACAUUGUAGGGUAAAUGUGAGAGACCAGAUCUGACUGGUUUGAACAUAAAACAGGUAGAAUAUUAUGGGCUGAAUAUGAUCAGAUUAAAUACUAAAGGGUUAAAUCAGUCAUGGGCAACUUACGGUCCACGAGACUUUCUGAAUGGCAUGCCUAAUGAAAAAUUACUUUGAAUCUUUUAGUAGCGUGGCCCACCUAAUGAUGAACCAUGUCUCGUGUGGUCCACUUUUCUAAAAUGGUUGCCCAUUGCCUGAUUUAAGCAAUAUUUAACCCUUUUGAUAUAAGCCUACUUAAGACCACCCCUGAUUCUGUGAUACAAGCUUCCUGUUUCAAAAUAAUCUAAAGUAAAACCUCCCUUCAAAAUUUCAUGUUCUCUUCCAAACACAAGAUUAAUAAUGACUAAAAUAUUUUGACCAAAUUCUUCACUGUCUUUAAAAUCAACUGAAACAGCAUAUUUCUACAGAAAUAUGGCAACAAAAGGGUCGAAGUGGGAUUGCAUACUUUGAUAUUUUCUCUUCACAUUUAAAAUAUUUCACUGAAAUCCUUGUCUCUGUUGCGUUUGAUUCCUUUCCAUGCACCACCACCCAGCAAUUCUGUUACCAUCGAGAAAAAGAAGACAUUAGAAUUGUUUGUUGCUUUUAAGGAAUUAUUUUCUUUAUUUCUCAUCAGUUUUUUCUUCAUCUUAUGCAUCAUGAUCACCAUGUCCCAGUUUUACACAAACACACGAGUUUCUGUGCAUAUGAGUGUAUAUAUACAUAUACAUACAUGUGUGUGUGUGUACACACCAUAAGUAUUCUGGUGUGAAGAUAAGUGGCUUAGUGGUUAUGGUAUUUGGCUCACAAUCAUGAGUUCGAUUCCCAGCAGCAUGUUGCGUCCUUGAGCAAGACACUUUAUUUCACGUUGCUUCAGUCCACUCAGCUGGCAAAAAUGAGUCGGACCUGUAAUUCAAAGGACUGACCUUGUCCCAUUGUGUCAUACUGAAUCUCUCUGAGAUCUCUGUUAAGGGUACGUGUGUCUGUGGAGUACUCAGCCACUUGCACGUUAAUUUCAUGAGUGGGCUGUUCCAUUGAUCUCCUCAAUUGGAAUCAUCAUCAUCAUCACUGAUGGAAUGCCAGUUUUUUUUUUUUUUUUAAAGUCUUCUGAUGCUUGCUAACUUAAGUGUCUCUGGUUGACUGGUAAGUUACUGGUGUCCUGUAAUUGGAGUUGUUCUGAUCUGACCAUACCAUUGAACAGGUCCUGUCCUACCUAGCAGUAAAGCAGACAGUGGGUGGGGAAUACUUAGGGGGUGAAUAAAUACCAAACUUGAUCAAAUUUGAAUGACAGCCAAGAAUAAGCAAAGGUUAUUUGAUGUGUUACUUGGUAAAAGCAUGACUGAUUCAGUUGGUCAACAUCUGAGUUUCUCAGAAGACACUCGCAGCUGACCCUUGACCAAAGCAAGAUUCUAUUUCUUAAGUAGUUGGCUGGUUCAAUAUAUCCAUCUUGUCUGUCCACUAUUCGUGGAAGUGGAGUCCUCGAGCUCCCUCUCCAUAGGGUCCUAUCAGAAGCAAGUGUCAUUACACUUUCCAACUGGAUUCCUAAGCACCACCAAUGGACAUUAUCCAACCAUCUCAUUUGGGGGUCUACUCUCGGAUCUUCUGCCAGUUGACUUGCCUUGAACAAUCUGUUUUGUGUGACCUCUCAAAUGCAGAGAAGUUUGACCUGGAGAGAGACUCCCUGAUAUCCAAGCUACAUAGCCUUCUGAAUAAUACUACUCCAGAUAUUUUUUGGAGAAACCCCCAUUUCAGCUGCUUGUAUCUGUGAUCAUCCUCUUUCAGCCAUUACCCAGCAUUCAUGUCCAUAAGUGAAGACUAAAGAUAAGUUUGGCUUUUAUUACCAACCUCUCAUCUUUUGAGGAUUGAAUGCCAGAGCUGGAGCAAUUACCGUGACAGCAACUAAAUGUAAUCAAGAAUUGUUGGCCUCACUUUGUUUAAUCCUCUCUGACCUCACUAAAACUCAUGUUAAAUAAUGACAACUCUGUAAAGUUAGUUGAAGCUUUCAUGUGAAGGUGUGAAAUUUUGUUUUUAAAGCAAGCAACAUUUGAGGACGAGAUAGUCCGUGACGUUUGUGUGUGCUUUUGCAUGUGUUUGCCAUCCAUGCUAUCAAAUUUAUAAGUUAUUAUUACAUUUUGUAUUAUUAUUUUUAUCGUUACUAAGGCAGCAAGCUGGUAGAAUCAUUACUGCACUGGACAAAAUGCUUGGUGGUAUUUCUUUUGGCUCUUUAUGUUCUGAGCUCAAAUCCCACCAAGGUCGACUUUGCCUUUUAUUCUUUCAGGGUCGAUAAAUUAAGUACCAGUUAUGCACUGGGGUUGACGAAAUCGACUUCCCCCCCCCUCCUCAAAAUUGCUGACCUUGUGCUGAAAUCAAAGAGGAUUACUAUUCUUAAUAAGGUGUUGAGUGGUAAGAAUAGUUCGCAUGCCAGAUGAAAUGCUUUGCACCAUUUUGUGUCUUUGUAUCCAGAGUUCAAAUACCGCUGAGGUCAACUUUGCCUUUCAUCCUUUCGGGGGGGCCCAUAAAAUAAGUCCCAAUCAAUUUUUUAAGCAAUUAUUCUUAUUGCCCGCCCCCACCCCUCUGCCUUGUUUCAGGAUCCUCCUAACAUAACAAUAAAAGAAAUGUGAUAUAA